CGCACGACUGGUCUCUCUCUCUCUCUCUCUUCCGUUACCUUGUGCCCGCCGCUGUACCGUCGACUGGAGACGCCGACCAGGAAGCCGACGCCGCCAUCUUCCUCGUUCUCCGCCGCUAUUUCCGUCCGCGCAUCGCCGAAGGAGAGGAGCAACCGUCCGUUCUCUCGCUCGUCUCCGCCGACCAGGGCAGCGCCGCGACUCGCCGUCGACUUCAGGAGUUCCGGCGACAUUCUCCUCUUUUUCCUCCGUCGCGUGCAGCAGGCCGGCGAUACCAGGGAGGAGUUGCAGCGGCGAGUCCUUCCCAAUCCAAGGUUGAAUUCAUCAAAUUUCGAGGUAGGAACACAGAUUUGGAUGGGCAACCCGGAGGGCAGUGAAGUGGUGGUGUGGCGUGGAUGGCUCUUGUUUACUUUAAUAAUUAAAGUACAUUAUUUUAUUUGAUUAUAUGGACUGUUGGUCAUUACUUUGGUUUUCUUAUGCUUCCGCGACAUUUGGAUUUAUUUAAUCACUCCAAUGAACUAUGCAUUAACUUCUCCAACAGCCAUAAUUUUGAAAAUCAUGCCAUUGGACACCACCUUUCCUAUAAAUUGGGACCCCCUCUCUUCACUUUUACACACACAAACACAAAUUCCUUCAAUAUCUUCACAUAUUUCAUCCUCUCUACUCUAAUUUUUUGAGUUUUCUUCACAAUGGGCAAAGACAAGAACAGGGCAGGCACCUCCGGAAAAUACAAGUCCAAAUCCCGGGCUCCAUCCACGACCUCCGAGGAACGCCUCUACUACGGCAAUGGAUCGUACCUCUGGUUCGAUUCCGAGGAGGAGCGCACCCGAUUUCUCACCUUUUUCUCCAAACGGGUUGUGGCUCCCCCACGAAUCAUCCCAGAGCGCUACCCGGAAUUGCAGGGCUACGACGACCUCGACGCGCAGCUUCAUCAAGCCGGCCUUUGGCCGUUCAUCUCCCGGGCGCGCAAAGAGAUCAACCCGGCGCUGAUCUGGGCCUUCUACUCCAACCUCCGGCGUGAGGACGACGUGCUCUACUCGCUCGUCAAGAGCACGCCGAUCGAGCUCACCGUGGAGCAGCUUGGGCGCAUCGCCGGCCUCCCCUUCCAAGGCGACGAUGUGUCUCACUAUGGUGGCGAGGAUUGGGUGCUCAAUAAUGAGGGCCUUAUCCUCAACGAGCUUGGCAUCACCGAGCUCAAACGCCAUGCCUCGGGACGCCCAACCAUCCACUCCGCCAACCCUGACGGCCGCCUCGUUCUCUACAUCGUCACCCGAAUCAUCAAACCGAGGAAGCACUGUUAGAAUAAGUGACCAACGCUAGAGGGGGGUGAAUAGCGUUUGAUCGCAGAAAUCGCAGGAAUAAAAAAAUUAAGAACGUGAAAAGUAAAGAGCGUAGAAAGCGUAAAGGGAGCACACCAAGAUUUAUACUGGUUCACCACAACGUGUGGCUAAUCCAGUCUCCCGAGAGACUCUCUCGAGCUACACUACUUCCGUUAAGCUUACGGGUGCUUAACAAACCGUUACAACCUGAGAACUCGAGUCCCACGAGCCUCAACAACCUUGCUCGGAGAUACCGCACUCCAAGACUUCAACCCGAAAGAAAAUACCUUUCCUUCG